AUGGGUUUGCCCCAAUCUGAGAUGCUUUUCUCUGAUCAGAAAGAUCUGAAUCCCAUGGAAUUCAAUUUCCUUGUGAGAUCCACAUUAGAACUUGAAGACGACUGUAAAAUUGUACCUCAAGGGCUUUAUGAGGAAAAAGAAGUUGAAGAAGAAGAAAAGCAAGAAGAUAAAUGCAAGACAUCGGUGCCUACUUUGAAGAUAAAAUUGCCGUCUGUAGAAGCAUUCCAAAUUGAAGAAGAUAGCGAUGAUGAUGGGUUCAAGACUCCGACUUCUUUGGAUUGCAAAAUUCCUGUCAUUUUUCAAUGUCCGCCUGCACCCAGAAAGCCUAAAUCACUCCCAUCAACCAAACGAAAAUCGUCUCCACGGAGAGUCUUACUUGAUCUGUCCAACGAGAUUGGAUCUUUGUUUCCUCCAGCUCUUGCUGCGGAUCUUGUUGGCAAGAUUAAGAAAGUUAGACAAGGCAAUGACACCAAAUAA